AUGACGCACAUGAUGAAAAUGUCUAUGCUGAGAAUGUUUUGGUAGAUGACGAUGAUUUGAAGUUACUAUAUCAACAAGAUGUAGAAGAACCUAAAAAAAAAAAAACAGGAAAUCUUCAAAGAGAACUAGAAAAUAAUUCUCCU